AUGUCCAAUGAGCAAAGGAAGAAUAUUGAUAUAGUUAAAGGGAAACAAAAUGCUUUACCUAGCGAUAUUAAUAAACAUGCAGAUGAUGAUAGCGAUUCCGAGAUUACUCCUACUCCAGUUGUAACAAAUAGGACAAGCAAACAUAAGGAACAAGCAUUAACAAUAGCCAACAUUCAGGAUAACGAAGAUCGUAACGAUAGACUAAGGAUAAUAGAGUAUAAUUCCAAACUCCGAUCAAAUCACAAGGAUGGUAAAAAGGGAAAAAGAAAACGAAAAUUAAUAGAGUACGAUUAUGGCGAAGAGGAUGAUGGUUUAGACAAUAACAAUCAACUAAUACAACUACCAGAAACUAGAUUGAAUGUUCAAUAUAUUGGUAAAAAUUCAGACAAUUCAGAAACGAUGAGCAAAAGGAGAAAUUCUCCUUUUGUUUCUUAUGACUACAGCGAAGAUGUAGGAAACAAGAAGCAUAUAUGCUCGUUAAUAUUAGAGAAUUUUGACAACUUAAACAUAAUACAAUUAUUUAAUGAAGAAGCUAAUAUUUUGCUACAGUUACAUUUGUUUCAUUUAUACAUCUAUUCCAUAGUUCACGAUCAAGAUAAAAUUUUUUUGGAAACAAAUAACGGUCUUUUCAAUUCAGAAACAUUUACGGAAAUACUAAACAACUUACUACAAGUGAACGAAUUAAAUCACAAUUUCAAUGCAAAGUUCACACCGGGCGAUAAUAUAGUGACUGAAAGAAAGAACAAGAAAGAAAGAAUUACUGAAAAGAUAGACGUGCCCCUUGUCAUAUUGAAAAGAUUAGAUAUCCCUAACGCGAAUUAA